ACAUUGGAUUGAUCAUGCAUUGUGAUUUAUACAGCCGAGUGUAGUAGUAUAAAGCCGAAUCGUGAAUAGGACAGACAUGUCAUACCGGAAGUAACAACUUGCUUUCAUGUCUCAGUAAAUUUCUCGGUGUCAUCUGAUACAAAAUGGGUAGUCGACUGAAGACUAACCCAGACCACUUGUACGAGGCCUUCUUUGAAGUAGCUGGUCCUUGUGAUGAUAAACCAGAACCCCAUAUCGUAUAUAGAUUCCCAACUGACUUUCAUGAUGAGGUGGUGGCAAAGGAACUACCAAGGUUCUGCUUUCCAUGUGAUCUCAGCAGGUACAACCCAGCCGGUCAGCUCUUCACAUUUGUUCUGACUGGGAUGGACAAUUUACAAAGAUUUGGCUUCUGUCGACAUCCGCCUGGAGCCAAGACUGCAAUCUGCAUUCUCAGCUACUUGCCAUGGUUUGACAUCUUCUACAAAGUUCUCAACAAGCUUGCUAGUCUGAAAACUAGUUGUGAGCCUGCUGCUACCGCCCUCUUGGAACAACUCCAUAAAGUCAAAGUACCCGGCCCGGGCAAGCAACUCAGAAUCACAGUGAGCGAAGGUGGCAAUACAUCAGAAAUGCUUCACACUUGCCCAGAUGACACCAGAAUCUUGCCUAGUAUUCCUGAAAAUAUAAACAUGACAGAGUAUUUCAGUGCUAUAACUCCAGAAAAUAUGAUCAUCCUGUUUGUUAGUUUAUUACAUGAGAGACGAGUCCUUAUUACAUCUGAGAGAUUACACAGGUUAACAGCGUGUGUCUACGGUGCGGUAUCGAUGCUAUACCCCCUCCAUUGGCAGCAUAUCUACAUUCCUGUAACUCCAUCCCAUCUCAUCGACUACUGCUCAGCACCGAUGCCCUUCAUCAUAGGAGUACAUUCAUCAUUCAUGGAGCAAGUAAAGCGGAUGGCCUUAGACGAAGUGGUGAUACUUGAUGCUGACAAUAACUCCAUAGAAACACCAUUCAAUGAUUUACAAGUACUUCCAUCUGAAGCAGUUACGCAGCUGAAACACAACCUCAAGAAUUCCAGUCAAGUGAGCGGAGACGGGGUAGCCCGCGCCUUCCUCAAGACUUUGGUCUACCUCCUUGGUACCUAUAGAGAGGCACUCACGUUAGAGAAUGGAGAAAUUGUAUUUGACAGGGAUGUAUUUGUAACUAAUGGUUCCAAACAUGAACUACCAUUCAGGAAUGCGGUGCUUCAGUUGCAACACUUUGCACAGUUUGUUGAGUUUCGAGUAGACGCAUUGAAUAAGAAUGAAGCCAUUGACGAUCUCUUCGAGGAAGAGCUGGACAGUCGCAUAGCAUCAGGUUCUAAGAUACAAGAGGGUAUCCGGAGACGUCUCGGGCAGGCCAAAGCCAAGAGCAGUGAGCUAUACGGCAAGAUCAAGGACAAGUCAAGAGAUGCCAAGGACAGGGUUGUACAAGCUCAAGGCAAUUUCAGAGUUCCUGUCACUGUCAACCCACAAGCUGUCAAGGAUGCGUUCUGGCAGACAAAAAGCAUAGCCGGCAAGAGGAUUAACACAAUGAAGGAUAAGCUCAAAUUCAGGGAGAGUGAGGAUAUUUUAUCAGUUCGGAGGGACCAGCCUGAGAUAUCCCGCCCUAUCACCAGGAGUACACCCUCAUCACCCUCAUCUAGCCCUGUACUCUCAAGAAGGAAACCCACAUCAGCAUCUGCACAGAGUUCUCACCGACCAAGGACUUUUAUGCUUCCUUCACAGCCUAAGGACAGAGUUGGUGAUAAGGGGCGUGGAACCAGACACUAUGAAGUUCUUGAGGUGGAUGGAGCCGAACCAAUGACCCUAGAGCAGUUCUUGAGGGACGAUGCUUCGCUGCCUGCCAGAUAUAGCAGUAUGGAUCUUAUGCCUUCUGUGCAACCGAUACUUAACAAGUUCAAUGCCUCUUCGCCACAGCAGCAGCAGCCUUCGGCAGAAAAGCAAGAUAAAGCUGGACAGGCCCCCAGUGAGCAAUCUGUAACUCCCCUAGCCCCGGCUCGUAAAAAGCGGGAGAAGAAGAAACAGGAAGAUGAGAUCAGCUUAAGAAGCAACCGUAGUAGUUCCAGUAGUCUUGCUAAGAUGGACUUAUCUUCUACUGAUAAAGACCAAGGAGCUGGACUCCUACCCCUCCCACCAAAGAGCAGACCCCGUAACGCACCACCCCCACCACCGCCUACAUACGCCCGCCAUCAUUCAUCAUCAUCAAAUAACUCUAACCAGUGUACUUUGAUUGAUAUAACACAAGACAGUUUGGCUAGUCCAAUAAAGUGUCAGUUUGAGGACAACUUUGAACCUCUCGUAGCGUUAGAGGGAUCAGCUGACAGUGCUGACACUAGUAAGCGAAAAACACAAGGCACAGAGUUAUUAGAGGAAUAUGGACUGUACUUUAAUAAGCUUGAUAUAUCACAGCCAUCGUCCUUACCAGUCGCUCCGUUAGGACAGGGGUCAGUGGUACCUGCGCAGGGUCUGGAAGCACCAGCUUCCCAAAAGCUAGUCAGGAACAGUAGUGCUCUCAGUGAUCUUCUGUCGAUGCCUCUGUUGAAUGUCACCAACUCUUCCUUCGAGUCUGCACCUGGGCCCUCAGCUCCGUCAAAUCCCUUUGCCUCUUCGCAGCCUCCAGUGCCUCACCAACCCAGCGCAAACCCUUUCCAGACACCCCUGGCACCCGUCAAGACUGCAACGUUGAGUGCGGACCCCUUUGCUGCUUUGGUGUCCAUACAGAAGACCAACAUUAGUCCUGUAAACAAGGAUUCCCCAGGAAUACCUAGAGGCCCAAGCCCAUCAUGAGAAGCUGAGGAGACUGGUCUGAACCAGUUAAAACUUGCAUCAGAUCCUGGUACUUGCCUGUAUAUGUCAAGAGUCUGGUCACGCGGCACAGUCAACCAAGGAAACGUAACAGUAUAAAGAGUGCCAGGUUUGGAAGAAUUUAAGCCACAUUGUCAGAACAGGGAGAUUAGUGGUAAAAAUCCAAUUGAUGUACAUGUAUGUAUGUAUGUGAAGAGUUUCAAAUUUCCCUUAAUUAUCUUAUUUUUUCUUUAUAGUGGGAGGGGGGAGGGGGAGAGGGGGAAUCCUGUACUGUUGUGUGGUUCUUGAGAUUUCUGAAAUAGAUCCAGGUACUUGCCCUGAAUAUGGUAGCAACCUCUGCAAAGUGUUUGUAACAUUUUUGGUCUUUUCCAAGAAGAUUCACUUGCAAUGCAAUGGAUAAUUUUUGUUUGUAGGAGAGAAAUAAAAUCCCAUCCUGUUGGCAUUAAAGCCCCACUGCACUAGUUUGGCCAGGAUGGAUAAGACCUCCCUGCAUGAUCACUGACAGGUGGUUAUCUCAUCAAAUCAGCUCUCAAUUAAGAUA